AUGGUGGCCAGGCAGCUCAGGGCCCUGGCGGGCCGCCCCGCUCACCUGACUCAUGAAUCCAACGCGUCUAUCAGGCUUCGGUUUGGCUGCGCAGAGCUGACGGAGGAUCUUCUUCAGGCUGCAACAAAGAAGCACAAGGAGCUUCAGGCACUUCGCCACUCACAGCCGGAUAACCUUGCGACGCGCGACAUUGCCUUGCAACAACUGGAGAUGGCCAUCUCCACAUUCCGACAGGUGGUACCAGUGGCACAACCGGUCCGAGAAGGAGUCGAAGGCAUCGGGUGCCCUUGUCCUGUCUGUGGGGUGUACUUCGACAGCCGUACCAGUGUGAAAAAGCACAUAGCCAUCAAGCACCCCGAACACAAAACUACAGACAUCACCUUCGAUCCAGCUGUGCACGCGCUAGGUGGGCUUCCGCAAUGCUCGGCCUGCAAGCAUAAAUUCCAGAGCUGGCAAGCACUCAAGAAUCACAUUCAAAAUGACAACUGUGCCGAGCUCGAAAGGGCCACUACUGCCACUGCGAGGACCCAGGAUGCCAGCGGACAAGAUGGACUGAGAAUCCCGCCUCACCGCAAUCCGCAGGUUGCGACCAUCAUUCGUGAGCAGGGCUGGGAAGCACUUGUUACCAGUCCGUUUGCCGAUGAACUGAGACAGCAUUGCUGCCUGUGCGCCAGAUGGAUUGUUGAUCCAACUGCCCUCAAACGCCACAUCAGCAAAGCACAUAAGCAGCUCUGGGCUCUGGCCUCGGCACAGAUAGAAGGCACCUGCGCUGUUUUCAAAUCUCGUCUCACGAGGGAUGGACUGAGUGCCACGACCAAGCGACCCCCGGCUACACCAAUGCAGGGGACGAAAGCGGAAGAGGAGGACUCCGAGACGCCGGGGACGCAGGGGAAAAGAAAGCGCACCCGCCGGGGAGGAGGAAGCAAUGGGAGCCGAGCAUCGGCCCCAAAUCAUCCGGUGAUGACCAAGGACAUGGGCAAAAUCAUUCAUCUCAUAUCCCGCAUCCUGACCCAGCACGAGGACAGCAUCAACGCGGCCAAGAUGGACCGAGGUUUCACGAUCUUCAUGGCCCAAACGGGGCCAGCGGGACUGUUGACCAACCUGUACCAGGCCAGCAUAGCUUGGAACAAACUCCGGGAGACCGAGCCCCAGAAGAUCACGCAACCCCCACGCAUCACGCUGCUCACCUUGAUGAUCGCAGAGCUCGGAGUGAGGCUUCAAAAUCUGGACCAACAGCCGGAGGCCAAGAAGCUAGCGCAGGGAAGGCUACUGUAUCAGAAGUGGGACGGGGAGAACAAGAAAUUGAUCCCAAACCCGACGAUGAACGGUCUGGAAAUCGAGGAGGUGAAGCAGAUGUUAAAGGAGAUGGAGCCGCUCAUCCUCGAGGACCUGCUCGAGAUCUCCCUCAGGCAUCCCGAGGCAAACCUGCUGUACCAGAACAUGGCAAAGUUGGCGGACAACGCAGUCUGGCAGCUUAUUGGGUGCCAGAUCCGAAAGGACGGCAUGCGUCGCCGGUACAAGAGCUGA